AUGUUGGGAUCUCUGCCACUACUGCUUGUCUUAAGCGUGACUUGGUCCUGGGCCAUGGACUACGAACUGCUACUCGAGGAACCGGACUUAUUCUCGCCCUGUACCGAUGGACCGCCAGGCUCCAUCAGCAUCCAGGAGGCGUUCAACUCGGAAAAUUUUACAAUCUCCAUGGAGAGUGAUAUCUUGCACCUUUCCGGCAAUGUAACUUCCAGAUGGGAAGUAGAGCCCACCGAUCGGGUUUCGGCAAGAAUAAGUCUAUUCUAUUUCAAUCGCGGCACCUGGGAACCCACAGUCUACUCUAUAAGCGUAAACAACUUCUGCCCCCUGAUGUACGAUAGAAAUCAGUAUUGGUUUAAGUACUGGACCAAGUAUGUAUCCAAUCGCCACGAAGUUGAACACCUGUGCCUUUCAGCUGGAGCCGUCUUUGUACACAACCCAUAUGACAUGAAGAUGAGACUGGACGAUUUUCGUGGUCCUGUUCUUCGAGGGCGCCAUAAGAUAUUGAUUAUCUGCACAGCAUUCAGCAAUACAAACGUACAACGCCCGGUUUCUUUUUGCUUUGAGAUCAGAGGGGAAGUUUUGAGGAUAAAGUAA